AUGACCUCCUACAGAGAGCCAGGUCUGCACAUUUUGGGUCCUGAAUGGCUGGAGAUUGCCGAUCAUGUCACGCUCUCGUUUGGAAAAGGUACACCCGAGGAGCUACGAAACCAAGUGAAGUUGCCUUUUGAGUUGCCUUCACCCACCGGAAUGACUAUCACCGACAAACCGGUGCCCGGAUAUGAUGGUGGUACAAACCAGGUUCGCAUCUACAAGCCCGAGGAACCCUCGACCAAUGGCGCCGUCCUGAUAUACGUUCAUGGCGGCGGUUGGACUGUUGGAAACCUGGACACGGAGGACGCGUUCUGCCGCACCGUAUGCAGAGGCAACCGGAUUGUCGUUGUGAGCAUAGACUACAGGAAGGCUCCAGAGCAUCCUUUCCCCAUCGGAAUAGAGGACGUCUGGGCCGGAGUUCUCUGGGUUCAGAACAACCUAGAUUUCCUCGGAGGAAAGCCAGACAACCUCAUCAUGGGAGGCCUGAGUGCCGGGGGCAACAUUACAGCAGCACUCGUUCAACGUGCCAAGGCCACAGGUCUCGUCUCCAUCCGUGGGCACAUCCUGCGCGAACCUCUCGUGGUCCACCCGGCGGCCCAGCCCGCGGGCGUCGACUUCUCGAGCUACCUCGACUCCGAGGACGCCCCGAUCCUUCCGACCCUCGGGGUGCACCGCUGCCUCGAGUGGUACAAGCCCGUGCCCGACGAUCUGCGUAUGUCGCCCCUCCUGGCCGAGGACUUCUCAGGUCUGCCGCCGGCAUACGUGCAGAUUGCCGGGGUUGACCCCCUGCGGUGCGAUGCGUUCGCCUACAUCGACAAGCUCCAAGCAGCUGGGGUUCCGGUGCGCGUCAGCGUGUAUCCUAGAUUACCGCAUGCGUUCCAGAUGGUGCCGCUGAAGUCGAGCCAACAGAGUGACAAGGAGCUCAUCUAUGCUGUGAAGUGGCUCAUUGGAAGCGAACGAGACGAUGACACAGGCACUAGCAGACCCGACCGUCUCUCUGGGCGGGAACCCUGGGCUGACCACCAGGACAUGGUCAAUAAGUGGUGUGGAUGUGCCAUCGCCGUCGGUUGUGGUUGUUCCGGGAUCGUGGUAUGUGUCGACGGCACGUGGUACAACGCUGAUGGCAAAGAAGGAAAGGGGACAGGAAACCUGAGCAACACUUUCAGGAUCUUUGCGUCUGUCAAACAAGGUACUUUCGAGCAGGGCGGCAAAACAAUCAAACAGGUAGCCAAGUACUUCAACGGCAUAGGGACCAAGACCAGCAGUUAUGACAAGUACAACGAUGCCAUUACGGGGGACGGCUGCAAGGAGCUCAUCCGCGAUGUCUACCAGUACUGCUGUGCAGAGGUGACGAGUCCAGAUGACGAGCUUUGGCUGUAUGGCUUCAGCAGAGGCGCCUACGUGGUGCGCGCUGUGUCGGCUCUCUUCCGAGACCUAGCCACGUUGCACAAGCAGACGACAGGACAGUUCAACCAGGACUAUCGAGCUGCAUUAGGGUUCCUGAACGCGAAGCAAAAGAGACAAAUGUCGAACAAGCAGGGGGAGCUGUACAACUUUUUCUUGGAAAAGACGCGAGAGGGUCCUGCCAUUCAGUUCCUCGGCCUCUUCGACACGGUGAAAAAGGCUCAAGGAGAUGUGGACUUCGACCUCUCCUACUCGCGGUCCAUCCGUCGCGUUCGCCACGCACUAGCGCUGAAUGAAGAACGAAAUACGCACCAACCUGAGCUGUACAAGACCGAAUCAACACCGGGCUGGGACGCCGAGUCUCUCAUCCAGGCAUGGUUCGUUGGUUGGCACGUUGAUAUCGGUGGGGGAGCCAGGGAUGACGGCCUGUCGCUGUAUCCCCUGCAGUGGAUGCUUCUCGAGAGCCAGAAGUUUGGCCUCGUCCUGGAGUACAAGCCGCCAAAGUACAUUGCCGACAAGAUUCCGGUCGAGCACCCGCCCUCUCUGGUGCUGCCGAGUAUUGUGAGCGAGAGCGGUUCGGACCAGCCGUUUCCGAAGACGUGCCUGUUUUCCGGAGGACCCGUCCCCAACGAGACGAAUAAAGAGACUGAUCAAGAGGUUCGUCAGUGGGACUUUUGCCUAGCAAGCGGUAUCACAGUCAACAUGUUUGAUUUGCGAGCCUCCCACCGCCAUGGCAACCUUCAGAAAAGACAGGGGAAGAAGCUGAAAAAGAAGGGGCAUGUGGAAAAGGCUUCUCACGAAGUAAGGCUGAAUCCACCGGACAAAUUAUUCACGGGCUACCAGCGGCGCCCGCGCUCAGUUUUCGACGCGCGGGGUGUGGCGGGUUACAACGAACAUGAUCCGUAUGGCACCAUCAUACAUCCGUCAGUCUACUUUCUGAAGGACACAUAUCCUAGCUUGGGCAUCAAAGACGCUCUGCAGAAGAUGGAAGACAGACUGGAAGACUUUAGCAGCCAAUUCCAGUCGCCCGAGCACAGCAAUUUCUUUCCCUGGUUGCUGGAGCGUACGCUGAAGACUCGAUAUGAGCAAGUGCGCAUCCUCAUCUGCGGUCGAUCCGGGGUGGGCAAGUCGACGUUGCUGAACCGCAUAUUCGGCAUGAAAAUGACUGUAGAAAAUGAGGACACGCGGGGAAUUCAUGACAUGGAGCAAGGGUUUGAGUCAGAUCAAUAUCCCGGUAUUAUCAUUCACGAUUCGGAAGGCUUCGAGGCGGGGGACAUCAAACGCGUUCAGGCUUUUGAGAUGUUCCUGAAGAAACGGGGUUCUUCUGCCCCAGAGAAGGAUCAGCUGCAUGCCGUCUGGAUUUGCAACGAUAUGGACACAAGCCGGCCCAUCGAAGCCGCAUUUGAACUCGUUCUUGGAAUCAUUGCCAAGUAUGCCCCAUCUCUGCCAGUCGUCCUCGUCGGUACCAAGAAGGAUAAGUUCCUCAGGCAAGAGACCGAACUGAGCAAGGAAGAAAUCCGAGCAUUGGAAACAGGGCGAGCCCCUGAGCCACAACGCGAGCUGGACAUCGCUCGUGAUCUGCAGAAACGACAAAGUUGGCAGAAGAGGCUGGCGAUAGAUUGUGCCGACGCCAACGACAAACUGGACAUCAAGGUGACUUUCGUCUCGAGAGACAACCGAGAGUCCAUCAUGGCUCUGAUGCACUUGACCCUCGAGCCACUCAACUCUGAGAGCCUUCGUUCAGGUAUGGUAGCAGCCCAAGUAGUCGAUCUAGAUCUCAAGAUUGCGCUGGCAGUCGAAGAGACUGUUCGUUUGCUCCGCACAGCAGUCACGGCCUCUAACUUGGGGGCUCUGCUUGUGGUUGUGAACAGGAUCUCGGCGCCCACGUAUUCGCGGCUUCUUUGCAACGCUAUCGUCCGAUCCUUUGGCUUGACACGCACGACCACCAGCGGACUCACUCGCGAGGAGGAGGUCGACAAUAUCAUGAGCACGGUUGUGUGGAGGAACCUCUCCUCCUUCAUGGCACGGUCAUUCUUCGUAGCCAUCGGAGACGUGUCGCUCUUAGUUGCGGCACCGUUAUUCGAGGCGCCGGUGACAGCGCGGAUGGUCGUCAAAUGUGCAUGCGAUCUCAUCAUCAUCAUGGACCGGGCCUUCCACACUGGCGGAAAGUUUGUCACGCGGCAGCAGAUCCGACAGGCCUCGCGGGAGUACGUACAACCUCUUGCAGAAAGCGAGUUGCGCGGCCUGCGCGACCGGACAGGCGUCAAGUCGGGCUCUUCGAGAAGACGGUUGGUCCAUAAGCGCGUCAACGCGCUGAUACCGGUGAUUUCGGCAUUAGCGGUGAAGAUAUACAGGAAGCGUCAGAUUGAAAGCCUGCAACGAGGCAUUCGAGAGAUCAUUGAGGAUUAUCGAAUCCAGUCGGCAACAGACCACUAUCUGGAAAGCGAUGAAUCUGUUGCUUCUAGCGACACAUUGUCUGUGGGAACUGGCUCACUGGACGAGACGCUGGACGUUGCUUCGGAGGAUGAUGAGGAUUUGAAGGCGUUUUCGGAUAUGAGCAUCAAGGGGCAAGGGGCGUGA